AUGAAAUAUCUAAUAUUUUACUGUUCAUUUGUUAUCCUUGCGUUUUAUGCAUUAUCAGUUGUAUCAAUCAAAUGUUAUGUGUGCAAAGAACCUGAUCGAAAAUGUCGUGACCCAUUCCAAAAUGAUACCAUGUUUUUGAAAGAUUGCUCUCAGGUCGGCAUGGGCAAUGCAACAAUGUGUCGAAAGUAUAUGUGGGAAAUUGGCGAUGGAACGAGAUAUUAUAUGCGUGGAUGCGCUCUACGUGGUCGUGUUAGUCGAAAGCAAGGUCGCGAUUGUAUUGAACGUGUCGGCACAUGGAAAACUAAAAUGUGGUAUUGUCAAUGUGAUAACAAAGAUGGGUGUAAUGGAAGUAUCAGGCAACAAUUUUCAGAUAUACUCAUGCUAUUUGGUAUUAGCUUUUUAUUAUGGCAAUGGAAAUUCAAUCUUUAA